UCCUCAAAUUCGCUUCAGCUUUUUGUGUAUUCUAGAGAGAGAGAGAAAGCGAGAUAGUGAUUGUCUGAUUGAUACUAAGAGUGUUUCUCACUCAUUCUCUCUGUCGCUUGAAGUUGUCGAAAGACAAAGGAGAGAAAGAGAGUUUAAUGCGAGUCUUUACUCUACGAAUCUUGUGCCCUAAUUUGUCGCUGGCGUAACAGUCAUAUUCAACAGCCGCCACUCCAUUCGAGCACUUCACUGGUGGUUAUGGCAUUUAUGUGAUCGAGAGAAAUCACGUAGUCCGAGUUUCAGUUCCUGUGCAAGAACUGUCGCAUAUGGAACAAUUCUAGCCAUUUGUUGAAGUUUUCUUAAUGUGAUCCGAAUUUUGCGUGAAAUGUGAUCUGGAUUUUUCUUCAAUUUUUGCUUCAUCUCAGAAAUUUUUAGGGUUCUUGGACUUUGAAGGAGAGUGAAGGGAGGGAUGUUGACGUGUAUAGCGUGUUCGAAGCAGCUAAACACCAACAAUGGCGGAUCUACUCACGACAGGCAACAAGAGGAUGAAGUAAUUGGGACUACACAGGCAAUUAAAUCGCUGACGUCACAGCUAAAAGACAUGGCAAUAAAGGCUUGAGGUGCAUACAAAAACUGCAAACCGUGUUCUAGGACAUCAAACCGGAACUAUGCUGUUUUAGAUGCUGUCGGAACUAUGCUGUCUAAGGAAUGGGUUGCCCAAGUGGAGCUUGGUGUUCUCAUCACAUUUCUGUCACUUCCUCAAGGAGGGAAUGAUCUAAAGAGGAUUCGGUUCAGUCGUGAAAUGUUUAAUAAAUGGCAAGCUCAAAGAUGGUGGGCAGAGAAUUUCGAGAAGGUCAUGAAAUUAUACAACGUGCAGCAGUUCAAUCAGGAGAGUGUCCCUCUCCAAAACCUUGAAUAUCCAAAGAUAGGGGGGUCACAAAUACAAUCUGCAAAGGACAGUCUUGACAAAAAGCGAGCUCACAACAAUAUUUUAGGCAUGAUGGGAACUGGGUACUUGUCGUCGGAUUCACCUGAUCACCAAUCAACCCAAACACCAAAAUGUAAUGACUCUGUUGCUCCUGCUUCAACACCAAAGCUCUCUAGCAUCAACGGAACCAAGACAGAAACAUCAUCUGUUGAUGGUUCUGCUAGAAGUAGCUCAGCAUAUUGAUCAGAGGAAGUCUCAGUGAGUAACGCAAGGGACAUGGAAACUGAAUGGGUAGAACAAGAUGAACCUGGGAUCUACAUUACAAUCAGAGCUUUACCAGAUGGUAAUUGCCAGCUUAGACACGUUCGGUUCAGCCGAAACAAGUUUGAGGAAACACAUGCGAAGUUGUGGUGUGAACAGAAUUGAGGUAGCAUACAAUAGCAAUACUUGUGAGUUGAUAGAUUUACUAAGUGGAGCUGCUACAGGACGAUGAACAACAACAAAUGACUUUCUUUUCUACUUUCUUAUAGCUUUUAACUUGGACAAAAGCUAAUAAACAAAGACAAUUUCUUUUGCUUCUUGUUAGAUAUAUAAAGCUAAUGCAAUUUUAUAUGUAGU